UUUCGCUUCACAAUCGACCACCAUUUCUUCUCGCAGACGUAUAUCAUUAAAGACUGAUCGAGUAAUUUCUCAGUCUUCUCGAUCUUAACUAUAGUUAAGUGAAAAUGGAACGAAAUUAUCAAAAAGUUGGCAUGGGUGUCGGAGCUUUUCAUAAUCCACCAAGAGCAAAAUACAGCGAGGAAACGAAGAACCUAAUUAAACAGUAUAUCUCAAAAAUGAGAUAGAUACAAACAAGUAGUUAUGAAUCCUCACUUUUUGUCGUCAGUUUUAAUGGAAGAGUCGAAAGUAGGUAUGAGUCAAAGGAAAGUUAUUCAAGAUGCUGUUGAUAAAGGUGAAUCUCUUCCGCCGCCUCGAAAAUCUAUGGGGGAUAAGCAAAAGUCGAAGGAACCUCAGGUCAUGUUUCCCAGUCUUUGGAAGAAACGUUCUCAAAAUAUAAUCCUUAAUAGCGGUGCUUACGAAAGAGAACAAUAUCGACGAACUGCACCCUUACCUAACAAAGAAAAACAGAAACGUCAAUUAGCUUGUUUAAUGGCUUAUGGAAAAGAAAUGCCCGAAACUCCACGCGGGCCUAAAAUUCUUCACAAAGCAAGAAGGGAACCUGAAUUGAACGAAGACGAUCCCUUUGAAUACAUUAUCGAGGGAAUACGCGAAAGAAUGGAGUUUUUGAAUGACAUGGAAUGUCUUGGAAUGGGUAAAAAGUAUCGACCCAUUAUACAACAAGAGAUAGCUCAAAAGAUUCGAUUAAUGGAAUCCAUCGAUAUGAAGAGAUCGGUGGAAGUUCGAAAAGAAUUACAAAAAUUUAAAGAGGAACGACCACCUCCGAAACCAUUCCCUUUGGGAGAUUUAGAUGAAAAUUGAAGUAACUCUUUCCUUUAUUUUUAGUAUAUUUUUAGUAUAUUUUUAUUACAUUUAGACUAAUAGGUUUAUUAAAAUGUAGCAUUGUCGUCGAUACGAUUAUUUUUUUAAUAUAUCAAGAUUUGUGAUAGACUUUA